AUCAUCCACUCACCCUCUUACUGUUUUUAUCUUUGGUUGGCUUGGGAGUUGUUAGUCGGCUGUGGUAGUUUUGGUUAGUUUCCUUUCCCUCUCAAAAGGAGCUCAGAAAAAGCGUGAAAAGAUGUUGUAUGAUGGUGAUUGGUCCGGUGGGGCCCACCUCUUCCGAAAUGGAUUUACUUUGUCAUUUAUUAACGGAGCCGUUACACACCGUGACGGUACCGGUGCGGACAUGUCACGGUACCUACGCACCGUUACUGAUUUAAGUAGAGUUUCUUCAUUUUCUUCGACGAUCCAUCCCUUGAAGCUAACGUCGUCUACCUCCCGUUCCGUCUCCAUUGUUCGGAAACCCUAAACCCUAAUUUUUCGCUACCCUAAAAAAUCUCCCUUUUCUCUUCAUCUAUGGCCUCCUGCGACGACGACGACGACGACUUCACACUUCUCGGAGACGAUAACCAGACACCCCCUCCUCACCAUCACCCUCACCUCCACCACCACCACCACCACCACCACCAUCAGAACCCCCUCAACCCUCACCCCCACCCCCACCAAUCUUUCACUCCUCAUCGCUUCGUUGCUACUGCCGCCGCCGCCGCCGCCGCCGCCAAGCCCACUCCGAUCCACCCUCUCCCUCAAGCACAACUACAACAACAUCCUCCCUCUUACCCUCUCAACAAUCUUGGCCCCACCUCCGCCGCCGCUGCAGGCGGCGGAAGCCCCAAGAAGCUUGCCGGUGAUGAAGACGAUGCCGACGCUUACAGCGAGGCCGCUUUCUGCGAACCCAAGUGCCCUCCCCCGUUUCAUGAUGUUAACCCUAAUUGCUUUGCUCCUGAAGACGACGCCAACCCCUUCGCUGCCACCGAGGACGAAACUGACCCUAACAAAUCCAGGCCUGGUAAUGUUCGCAUCGAGAAGCGAAAGGACCGCGAUGAGCUCAGCGAUGGUGGUACCCCUUACGGCUACAAGAAAUCCAAAGCUGGUGGCGGUUCCGUCACCGUUAUCUCUGGUGGAGGCGAUUACAGGAAGGAUCGAGAGGAGUGGAGUGAUACCGCUAUUGGUUGCCUUCUUGAUGCGUAUACGGAUAAGUUUAUCCAGCUGAAUCGGGGGAAUCUGAGAGGGAGGGACUGGGAGGAGGUUUCGUCGAUUGUGAGUGAUAGGUGUGAUAAGCAAAAGUCUCAUAAGAGUGUGGAGCAGUGUAAGAAUAAGGUGGAUAAUUUGAAGAAGAGGUAUAAGGUUGAGCGGAAUCGGGUGACUAGUGGCGGUGGCACUGUGACGGCUAGUCACUGGCCUUGGUUUAAGAAGAUGGAGCAGAUUGUUGGGAAUUCUGCCUCGUCUAGAGCUAUGUCCGAUGAAGACAAAUCUAUGGGGGCCUCUUCUAGUAUGCUUAGGCAGAACAAAAGAUAUGGAAUUUCAACACCUAGCCCAGGUAGCUUGCCGAAUAACAUGAAGUCUAAAUCAUUGGCAAAUCCUAGAUGGCGGCGAGUGGUCUUUAAAAUUAGUGGUGCUGCAUUAGCUGGGACUGGUCCUCAGAAUAUUGACCCAAAGGUGACUGUGCUGAUUGCUAGAGAGGUUGCAAUGGCUUCCCGCUUUGGUGUGGAGGUUGCUGUUGUUGUUGGGGGUCGUAAUUUCUUUUGCGGGGACACGUGGGUAGCUGCAACUGGUCUUGAGAGAUCUACAGCAUACCAGAUUGGGAUGAUGGCUACUGUAAUGAACUCAAUAUUGCUUCAGUCAGCAUUGGAGAAGAUGGGUGUUCAGACUCGAGUACAAACUGCAUUUCAGAUUCCAGAGGUUGCUGAGCCAUACAGUAGGAAACGGGCUGUUCGGCAUCUUGAAAAAGGGAGAGUUGUUAUAUUUGGUGGUAUUGGGGCUGGCAUGGGAAAUCCUCUUUUCACUACAGAUACAGCAGCAGCUUUAAGAGCUUCAGAGAUAAAUGCUGAAGCAUUACUGAAAGGUACCAUUGUUGAGGAUGUCUAUGACUCCAGAAACAACACCAAUAACAUGACUUUUGAGCACCUUUCAUUCCAAGAGUUCGUUUCCAAAGGUGUUUCCUCUAUGGACAUGAUGGCAGUAACAUUCUGUGAAGAGAAUGGAAUCCCUGUCAUGGUCUUUGAUCUAAACGAGCCCGGGAACAUUUCUAGAGCAUUAUGUGGAGACCAAGUUGGUACCUUGAUUGAUCAAGCUGGAAGGAUCAGCUGAUGCAUUUGAACAUCUUGUCCUUGGUUCUGCAUGCUGUUGAAAAGCAGAAGUUCAAAAAAUAUGAUGGUCAUCAGUUAUUGCCUGGAAACAAUGUACCAUGUGCACCCAAACUAACCAGUCGUUUGGGUUAAUCAUCUCCAUCCAUUUGAGGCCUAAAUGGGUUUCAGCAAGCCUUUGUUUUUAAUUUCAAGCUGCUGCAUGUGAAUACAGAAGGUCGUGGAUUGGAGGUUUGUUCAUUGCCUUUGGCUAAGUUUAGUGGCAAAGUAUGUUAAACUGCCUCGACUAAUUGUCAUCUCUUCAAGUCUGCAGGGGUGACUAUUCUUGUUGAUACAGGUUUAGAGGGCAUGAUUGCCCUGUAUGGUUCUCCCUCUAUUUAUUCUCUGUAAAUGGUUUUGACACCCCAUAUCAUAAAGUUAAAUUGUUCUUGAUU